AUAGAAACACUUUAAUUGAAUACAAUAGUUUGUCAACUUUGAAAAGAUCUUCUGGGAAUAAAUAUAGGUACCCAAUUAGAAAUGACAAGAUUAAAAUAGAGAUUGUGUGAUUAUAAUAACCCAGCAUGAAGAUCCCUCUUUUGAUAUAUUGGGCUCUCAGCUGGCUACUUGAUCUAAAAUAUAAUGUCGUCCUGAGUGCAGAUAGGACUCCGGUUUACUUAUAUAUGACACCGUUUCCUAGACGAAAACCUUUGAACAGAUCUUCAAUAACACCUUCGUCCACCCCGUCAACGGCGACAUAUUAUAACCCAAACCCUGGGUAUGACGCGUACUGGACUGACGGCCACUGGAUCUUUGGUACCUCUACCACGAGACCGUCUAGUACGACUUCCACUAGAACCAGAAUACUCGUGUGCCGCAAGCCUUGCCCCAUCGAGUACCGCGACAUGGGUCGAGUAUGCGCGCACAAAGCGCCAUUUAUAGACGACAGAGGAAUUGUUGAGAACAAUGGCCCAGCAUCACCCUUCCCGAGCGAUAAAAUGAAAAUACAUUUUAAUACGUUCCAGACCUAUUGCCAUUUUCUACAAGCUCAAUGCCUUUUAGAGGAGAGAGCUAAAGGUUGGAACGAUAUGAUUUGGGUCUUUAUUCAUUUCGGCGAAUGUUUGGACGACGAAGAAGUUGUGUUGAAUUUAGACAAUGAUAAAGUUGUCGUCGACCGAAAAAAAAAAGUCAUGGAACAAUACAAUCAAACCAUUUCCAAUCUGACAACUACGUAG